AAUCACUACAAGAUUUAUCCAUGCCCCGAUGUGCCAGCAUGUGACAGUUUCUUCUGGACCAUGAUUUGGAUCAAGUGGCUCGAAUCAUUUCAUUAUGGGCGCACCCUCCUGCCAAAUGACUUCCUCUUUCCUGCCAUGAGUGCGAAUAGUGUUAUGCAUCCUGGACAGCCAAUAUCUCAUGAUACUGUACAAAAAUGGAUCAAUGAGUCUACUACUGGUGCUGGCAUCCAUGGUAACUUCUUGACUCACUGCUUUCAUCAGGGGGGUGCACAAUAUUGGUUCAUGUUCGCUCCAGUAGGUCAAUGGUGGACACUUGCUAAAGUUUGUUGGUGGGGUGGUGGAUGGGCUGAUGGUGAGCAUUGUGACACGCUCGUUCGCUACCUUCUCGACGAACUACAUGCAUAUGAAACCGACUAUAGUGAUGCCCUUGCCCCCAUCUCCCGUGGCACUGAUGCCUCUCUUGCUGGUGAGCAUGCACUUACUAGACCAGCAUCCACAGAAGAGCUUCGCAUGGUGCAUGCAUCUGUUGCGGCAGAUGUCAACAGCCUGCGCAAUGACAUGCGCUCCCUAACAAGUGUUGUA